AUGCGAAUACAACCCAUGAGAAAAUAUGUUGAAAAGUUUUCCCAGAUAAAAGGCCGCUUCGAACGCGGCGGGCUGGCAGGGGCCGCGAAAUGGCCGCGCGGACCCGGCAGCCCUGUUGGCGUUGGCGUGUGCGCGCGGCCCGCCACGCGCAGCCCCUGCCAGAUCGAAGGUGGCCUAUGUAGCGCGCAUGCGCCCCCUGGCGCCACCGCCGCCGCCUUCUACGGCCCGCACGUAACGCCGAACGCGCCGCCGAUCGACAUCGCCCUGGGAACGGGGCGUAAUUCGGUUGCAGUACCGAUGUGC